AUAAAGGGAAGGGUCUAGAAACUGAUGAGUUAGCAAAUGAGGAGUGGAGGGUCUCACAAGAGGCAAAUGAAGGUCAUUCUGUUAAGCUUGAUGCGAAUUAUCACACUAAGGGAUUUUAUCACACAUGGAUAGUAUAUAUAGUGAACUAGGAGUUAUUUCUGAUUUUUAUGUGAUUGGUGAAGUUGUUAUUCUUCUCUCCCAAACUCUCUUUUCACAUCUCUAAUUCCUUUUGUAUUGCAACUAUGAUUCCUAUCAUAGCUUUAUUUCCUAUUCAAUUUUAGUAUCAUUACAUUGGUGCUUUCAUUCUCACCAUGGCAGAGUAUGUGAAGAACAUCGCCGAAAAAGAUCGAUGGGAUCGAUGGGAGAAAAUGCACGCUCGCAACAAUGCUGCUUUCGACAGAAUCAUCUCCAAAUUGGAGAUUCUACUUCAACACUACAACUGCUCGCCGAGCUCUUCCCAUGGUGCAUCGAACUCACCCAAAUACAUCCCUACACCAGAACCGUUGAAUACCAAUUUAUUGAUGCAUGAUGAAUUUCGUUUAUCUGCAAAACAGAUCGAGGUUCCUUCUGUUAGUGAGCAGAAAUUAUUGCAAGAAGAAAUUGUUGCUUCCAAAUCGGCGAACAAAACUCUCUUAGUUUCAGAUACAAUUGUUCCCUCCAUGGCACCAAUCGUGAAUCAUGUUGUAACCAAGGACACUGCCCUGCCUUCUUCGGAUGCAUUUCUUCCAUUCUUGGAACCGAUUCUGGAACCUGAAUCUGUCUGUGAGACGAAAAUGGUGGAAACAGUGACGCCGACAUGUGAUGUCGAUAACGAUGUUGGAAAACUCGCCAUAAUAGAGUCAUUCACGAGGAUUCAUGGAACACCAAGACAGAGGGAUCGACGAUUCACUAAAAUUGGUUUGGAGGUUACUACAGAGACAAUGGCCUUGAUUUCACAGCACGAGCCACAAGAUAACGAGUCAAUUUCAGAAUGGCUAUGUACAGCAAAAUCACCAUAUCCAAUAAUAAUGUUGUCUAGCUCGAUACAAACAAGCCUUUCUCAUGCUCGACGAAAUGUCUCAAUGAAGUCGCUGCUGCCAAAACCACCAGAUUGGACCUAUCGCACAAUAUCGAAUCCUCCACAGCCACCUGCACCACCUGAUCAGACAAGCUGUGUAGUUGCUACCAGGUCUAUAUGCUAUUUUCAGUGGACAAAGAAUAGAAAGUUGAAAACUCAAAGACGUGUAUGCGGCUAUAAAAUCUUCACUGGAUGGAAGCAACAAAAGCUGCUGUCAAGUUUGUUUUUUCAUGUGUCAGGGGAUUAUCAUUCUUCUUUGGUUCAACUUUGGAGGAAUUUUAGAGAGGAAAAUAUAUCAAUUGAAGAGUUUGUGUUUGCUCUAAAGGUUGUUAGCCAUUGCUUGCUUACUGAUGCAAUGAGUAUUUGGCAGGAGAAAUAUUAUGAAGCAAUCAUUGCAUGCCGGAGAGCAUCAAAUGAUUUUAGGACUCACAAAGGAGAGACUCGUUCAUCAUGUUCACCGUGGUUGGAUCGAGAGUAUUGGUACCGGAUUGAAUCACACAUUAAUGACAUUCUCAUGAUAUGGAAAGAUCAGUUGGUCCAUUCAUUCAGUGACUUUUAUGCACACUAUGGCAGCAUUCACAAAGCUUGUGACCUAUUUCAUGAUGUGAAGAAGAAGGAUAUGAUAGCAUACUAUUCUGCAAUGACUUACAACUGUGAAAUGAAUGCCAACAUGAUUGAUGAGUUAAUUGCACCAAUAGUUGGCAAGGGAGUUGGCCUAAACUACACCACUUGUAUUGGAAUUGUCAUUGUUGUGCCUCUUGAAGAUGUUGCUGCUUCAUUAAUUCAAGUUCCGUGCCUGACUUAUUUUUAUGUUGCUUUUACUACACUAGUACAUUUACUGAGUGUACACACUUCAAUAAUGCCAGCUGUUACAAAUGUUGAGAUGGUAGGAAUGCUUGGAUCUUGGUCACAAAGUGCAAAGCUUGAUCUACUUUGUGUUCAUCUUAUUGUUUUUCCAUGGCACUCCAAGAAAUGGGAUCCGGGUGGAUUGUCUUUUGGCGCGGUGUGCUUUGCUUUGAACUUGGAAGUCAUAUGGAAAUAUGUUGCUAUCAUCCAAUUGUAUUCUCUAGUCCAUAAAGAAGGCAUACUUAACUUGGAGCUUACUUUAGGAGUUACUACUCUCAGUCAACACCUUUAUCUUAAUUUCAACCUUGAGGACAAGGUUGGUUUUAAAGGGGAUGGUAUUGUAAGGAGACAAAAUAAAGGGAAGGGUCUAGAAACUGAUGAGUCAGCAAAUGAGGAGUGGAGGGUCUCACAGGAGGCAAAUGAAGGUCAUUCUGUUAAGCUUGAUGCGAAUUAUCACACUAAGGGAUUUUAUCACACAUGGAUAGUAUAUAUAGUGAACUAGGAGUUAUUUCUGAUUUUUAUGUGAUUGGUGAAGUUGUUAUUCUUCUCUCCCAAACUCUCUUUUCACAUCUCUAAUUCCUUUUGUAUUGCAACUAUGAUUCCUAUCAUAGCUUUAUUUCCUAUUCAAUUUUAGUAUCAUUACAUAAUCA